AUGGAGACUAUGAUUAAAAGUUAUAUUAAAAAAGGUAAAGAUGCAGUAUUGAAUACACCAGAAAUUGAAAGAAAGGUUAGAGAUGCAACAUCAAAUGAUAAAUGGGGCCCAUCAGGUACUCAAAUGCAAGAAAUUUCAAGAGCAUCAUACAAUUAUGAAUGUUUCCCAAUUAUUAUGGGUGUAAUUUGGAAACGUAUUAAUGAUCCAGGCAAGUUUUGGAGACAUGUUUAUAAAUCACUUCUUCUUAUCGAUUAUUUAGUUAGAAAUGGUUCUCCACAAGUAAUUAGAGAUUGUAGACAUCAUACUAUGGAAAUUAAAACAUUGGUUGAGUUCCAAUACAUUGAAGAAGAAAAAGAUGUUGGUUUAAGUGUUCGUGAAAGAGCAAAACAAGUUAUUGAUUUAUUACAAGAUGAUCAAAGAAUUAAAGAGGAAAGGGAUAAAGCAAAGACUAACCAAAAUAAAUAUGUUGGUAUUGGUAAUGAUAGCAGAGACUUUGGUUAUGGAGGUGGCUCAUAUGGUGGUGGUGGUUAUGAUUCAGAUUCAUAUGGUAGUAAUCAAAGAGAUUCAUAUGGUGGUAAUCAAAGAGAUUCAUAUGGUGGUAACCAAAGAGAUUCAUAUGGUGGUAACCAAAGAGAAACAACCAGAAGAGACUCUUUCAAUGGUAGAGAUGAAGGUUAUGGUAAUAAUAAUAAUAAUAAUAAUAAUAAUUCAUAUGAUUCGGAUCCAUAUAGUAAUACUAGAGCAGAAUAUGAAAAUUAUAGUAAUAGAGCAGAAACAAGAAGAAAUAAUGAAUUUGGAGAUGAUAGCAAUAAUAGUUAUAAUAAUAACAACAAUUUUAAUAACAACAAUAAUAAUAAUAAUAGUUAUAAUAAUAGUAAUAAUAGCAAUAAUAGCAAUAAUAAUAAUAAUAAUAAUAACUACAAUAACAGUAAUAAUAAUAGUAAUAAUAUCCAAAAUAAUCCAAAUGCAGCAUCUGGCGGAAGAAGUAGACCAAGAGCAGCAAGUGGAAGUGGACCUUCACCAGCAACACCAAAUUUCCAAUCAUCCCAACAACAACAACAACCAACUUUAAUCGAUUUUUCAGAACCAACUCCAGCUAAUAAACCAAUGGUAUUUGACCCAUUAGCAGAUCUUGCAAGUGGUAUGAAUAAUACAAAUAAUAACAACAACAAUAAUAAUAAUAAUAGUAAUAGCUUUGGUGGAUUCCAAUCUGUAAAUAAUAAUCAAAAUUCAUUCAAUUUCAAUAAUAAUAAUCAACAACAACAACAACAAAAUAAUUUCCUUCAACUUACACAAAGUAAUCCACAACAAAGUAACAACAACAAUAAUAAUAAUAAUUUCUUUAAUCAACAACCACAACAAGCUCAACAAUUUGGUCAAUUCCAAAAUUCUUCAAUGAAUAAAGAUCCAUUCGCAAAAGAUGAGUUUGGAGAUUUUGCAGGUGCAAAUGGAAAUGCCGAUUUUAAUCCAUUCGAUCAACAAUCUGGAGAUUUUUCAAAUAAAAACGAUGGCCAACAAAAACCAAAAGAUACCAACGAUCCAUGGAGUAAAAAGGAUUUGUUUGAUUUAUCAAAUCUUGGUAAUCAAAACCCAAACCAAUCACCAGUUAACAAUACAAACAACAACAACAAUGGUAACACUAGAUCUCAACCAGCACGUGUCGCAAAUGGCCCAAUUACUUCGGCAGGUUCAACCAUUCCAACAAUGAGACCACAACCAAUGAUGAAUCAAGGUUUCAAUGGAGGAAUGAUGAAUCAAGGUAUGGGUGGUUUCAAUCAAGGUGGUGGUAUGAAUAAUAUGAAUGGUAUGAAUCAAGGUGGUAUGAAUAAUAUGAAUGGAAUGAAUCAAGGUGGUAUGAACCAAGGUGGUAUGGGUGGUUUCAAUCAAGGUGGUAUGAAUAAUAUGGGUGGUAUGAAUCAAGGUGGUAUGAAUAAUAUGGGUGGUAUGAAUAAUAUGGGUGGUAUGAAUAGCAUGAACGGUAUGAAUCAAGGUGGCAUGGGAUUCAAUCAAAGUGGUGCGAAUAGAAAUACUAAUAGCAUGGGAUCUGCUGGAAGAUUUUGA